AUGCAGGUGCCACAGGAUGGAGAGGACUUUGCUGGCCAACCCUGGUACCACGGCCCACUGUCCCGCCAGAAGGCUGAGGCCCUCCUCCAGCAAGAUGGUGACUUCUUAGUUCGUGCAUCUAAGUCCCGUGGGGGCCACCCUGUGAUCUCCUGCCGUUGGCGGGGCUCAGUCCUACACUUCGAGGUGUUCCGUGUGGCCCUGCGCCCCCGGCCAGGCCGGCCCACAGCCCUCUUUCAGCUGGAGGAUGAGCGUUUCCCAAGCCUGCCUGCCCUGGUUCGCAGCUAUGUGACCGGCCAGCGUACACUGUCCCAGGCCACGGGAGCUGUGGCAUCCAGGCCAGUGACGCGGCAAGGACCUAUUCGACGCAGCUUUAGUGAAGACACCCUCCCAGACGGCCCGGCUUGGACAGAGCCACUCAGGGCUAGGAAGCGGAGUGACAGUCAGCCCGCAGGCUUGGAGCAUAUGGGGCAGCCAACAGAAGACCACCCUGGUUCAGGAGCUUCCACUAUGCCUGCAUCUGCCCUGCCUCGGACAGGUAGUGACUCCGUGUUGCUAAAGGUGCCCGUUCCCCUGGGGUCCAUUGCUGACAGCCUCAGGGCCUCUGAUGGGCAGCUUCAUGCCAAGGCACCAACCAAGCCACCUCGAACAUCCUCACUGAUGCUGCCUGAUGCCUCUGGAUGCCCCCCAACGUACUGUGAGCUGGUGCCCCGAGUGCCCAGGGUCCAGGGAACACCUGCUGGCCACAGCUGCCCAGAGCCAGAGGCACCAUGGUGGGAGGCUGAGGAGGAGGACGGAUGUUUUGCAAGACCGCAGGCAGAGGUCCCUUUCUGCCCACCUGACAACACCUUCUGCCUGCUGGGCUCCCAGAAUCGGCCUCUGGAAACUGAAGUCCUGCAUACUCUCCAUGGCCUGUUCCUGGAGCACCAUCCUGGGAGCACUGCUCUCCACCUGCUAUUGGUGGAUUGCCAGGCGACUGGCCUCCUGGGAGUGACCAAGGCUCAGCGGGGCGCCAUGGGGGUCGCCUCUGGUCUGGAACUGCUCACACUUCCCCAUGGGCAUCGCUUGAGGUUGGAACUGCUGGAGAGGCUCGAGACGCUGGCACUGGCGGGGGCGCUGGCAGUGCUGGGCUGCGCAGGGCCGCUGGAGGAGCGCGCGGCCGCCCUGAGGGGCCUGGUGGAGCUGGCCCUGGCGCUGCGGCCAGGGGCGGCGGGAGACCUGCCCGGACUGGCCGCGGUCAUGGGCGCCUUGCUCAUGCCCCAGGUGUCGCGGUUGGAACGCACGUGGCGCCAGCUGCGAAGGAGCCACACCGAGGCUGCGCUGGCCUUCGAGCAGGAGCUGAAGCCACUGAUGCGGGCGCUGGAUGAGGGCGCCGGACCCUGCGACCCGGGGGAGGUGGCGUUGCCGCACGUGGCGCCCGCGGUGCGCCUGCUGGAGGGCGAGGAACUCCCCGGGCCCCUGGACGAGAGCUGCGAGCGGCUGCUGCGCACCCUGCACCGGGCGCGUCUGCUGGCCCGGGACGCGCCCAGAUUCCGCGAGGCGGCGGCUCGGCGCCUGCGAGGCUGCUCUGGGGGAGCCAAGGAGCUGGGGCGCCGUGGGCCACACGUCUUGAGAAGUUCCAGCGCGUCCUCACCGUCCUGUCGCAGCGCCUGGAGCCUGACCAUUGAGAGCACUGACCGCCCCCAUCUUCACGCUGGGAUACCAAGGCUUCCAUGGAGACCAAGGAAGCCGCCCAAGCUUCCUCACACAGCCAAAUGCAGUGGGGACCUGCACCCUGCCUCACAGGAGGGGACCUGGUUUGCAAGAACCCACCCUGUGCCCUAA